AAUCAAUAGUUUCAUGAAAACGAGGUGAUGGUUAAAAAUAGAACACAGGACCAUUUCAGCAGGACACACCUAUAUUGCUGAGUGAGAAUCCAGGGGUGGAAGACUGGAGGUUUUUGAAUGAGAGAACUGGUUGGGUUGCAGGGGAUGGACGACUGGAGAGCACUCUGUGUUCGCAGAUGACACCAUGAACCCUGCCGCAAGCGGCGCUGCCGACCCUCCAUUGGCAGACAAUAGCAGCAGAAAGCAGCACAGGAAUUCUUCUCCAGGCAGAUCCCGAGACACUGCGUCCAAAUCGGCCUCGAAAGCCGGCUCGGUGUCAAAGUCUAUCACAUCCAAACACGGAGGGAGGAACAGUCGAGGUAAUUCUCCGGCGUCGGCAGCCAGCGGCAAGGACAGACAACCUCCAAAAGGCGCGGCAGCUGUCCAUCCGGGCGGUGCUGAAACCAGUGCUCUCAAUACGUGCAGGGCGGAGGCAGGCAAGAAAACCGAGGAACGAAACAGUCCUUCAGCCGACUUCCGCUGUACGGAUAUAUCCUGCUUUAAAGGCGAGAGCAGUCGCGUUGUUUCCGAUCAGCCAGGUAGCGCGUCGAAAUCCUCCAAGGGAAAAGCGAAAAAUCCGAAAGGAGGGGAAGCGACAGCGGGCUGCAGCAAACAGAGCGGCAAGGCUUCCGUAGGCUGUGGGCCUGGCUUUUGGAAAGAAGGAUGCCUGCAGUCUGAAUUAAUCCAGUUUCACUUAAACAAGAGCUUGAAGAAGAGCGGAAAGAUGCACACGAAGACGCCAAGCGCCCCGACUACGGACCCGGACCCAGAGCCAGAGCCGGAGCUGUCCCCCGAGAGUAUAACCACGGAGCCUGUGACUCGGCAAGACCAGAGCCUACAUGACGAAAUAGAAAGGCUGCUGGAGGAAAAUGAGGAUCUCAAGACCGAAAUCGAGGAGAUGCGGACGGAAAUGGAUGAAAUGCGAGACACUUUCUAUGAAGAAGACGCUUGCCAACUGCAGGACAUGCGACGCGAGCUGGAGCGGGCCAACAAAAACUGUCGGAUCCUGCAGUACCGCUUGCGGAAGGCGGAGAGGAAGCGGCUGCGGUAUGCUCAGACCGGCGAGAUCGACGGUGAGCUGUUGCGGAGCCUGGAGCAAGACUUGAAGGUGGCGAAGGAUGUGUCUGUGCGACUGCACCAUGAGCUGGAGAACGUGGAGGAGAAGCGCACAAAGACUGAAGAUGAAAAUGAGAAGCUGAGGCAGCAGCUGAUCGAGGUGGAAGUGACCAAGCAGGCCCUGCAGAACGAGCUGGAGAAGAACAAGGAGCUGUCACUGAAACGGAGGGGAAGCAAAGACGUACAGAAGUCAGAGAAGAAGACUCCGCAGACUCCAACCGAGGAGGAGAACGAGGACCUGAAAUGUCAGUUGGCAUUCAUCAAAGAGGAGGCUACCCUGAUGAGGAAGAAGAUGGCGAAGAUCGACAAGGAGAAGGACCGUCUGGAGCACGAGCUGCAGAAGUACCGCUCCUUCUACGGGGACCUGGACAGCCCCCUGCCCAAGGGCGAGGCCAGCGGGCCCCCCACCACCCGCGAGUCCGAGCUCAAGCUGCGCCUGCGCCUGGUGGAGGAGGAAGCCAACAUUCUGGGCCGCAAGAUCGUGGAGCUGGAGGUGGAGAACCGGGGCCUGAAGGCGGAGCUGGAGGACCUUCGGGGGGAGGAGCUGGGGGGCGCGGCGGGCCCCGCCUGCCGCGAGCAGAGCGAGUCCAUCUCCGAUCUCCGGCAGCAGCUGCAGCUGGUGGAGGACGAGGCGGAGCUGCUCCGGCGGAGCCUGUCCGACCUGGAGGACCAGAACAAGAGGGUGACCGGCGAGCUCAACAAGCUCAAGUACAAGGCCGGCUCGCACGAGAGCAGCCGCCACAGCGCCGACAGUGGCAAGACGGAGGCGCUGCAGGAGGAGCUGAAGGCCGCGCGGCUGCAGAUCAACGAGCUGAGCGGCAAGGUGAUGCAGCUGCAGUACGAGAACCGCGUGCUCAUGUCCAACAUGCAGCGCUACGACCUGGCCUCGCACCUGGGCAUCCGCGGGAGCCCGCGCGACCGCGACAGCGACGCCGAGAGCGAUGGCGGCCGGCGGGAGAGCGAGGACGACUCGCGCCCGCCGCACCGCAAGCGCGAGGGCCCCAUCGGCGGGGAGAGCGACCCCGAGGAGGUGCGCAACGUGCGCUGCCUCACCCCCACGCGCUCCCUGUACUCCCCGGAGGGCCGCUUCCUGACCCGCGGCUUUCGGGACCGGCAGCAGGUGAUUGACAUCCGCGCGGAGGCGGAGCGUUUGAGCCGGACCAUCGACCGGCUGAUCGCCGACACCAGCACCAUCAUCGCCGAGGCCCGCGUCUACGUGGCCAAUGGCGACCUGUUUGGCCGGAUGGACGAGGAAGACGAUGGCAGCCGUAUCCGGGAGCACGAGCUGCUGUACCGUAUCAACGCCCAGAUGAAGGCCUUCCGGAAGGAUCUUCAGAGCUUUAUCGAUCGGCUGGAGGUGCCAAAGGCCGAGGACGGGGACAAGGAAGAACCUUUGUCUAUGUUUCAACCUAUUAUUUUGCUUAUUCUCAUUCUCGUGUUGUUCUCCUCACUCUCCUAUGCCACCAUCUUUAAACUGGUUUUCCUUUUCACCCUUUUCUUUGUCCUGUAAAAAGUCCCCAUUUCCUUUGUUUUAGCAUAGUCCUGUCUUUUGUUACUUUGCUUUUGUUGAUUUUGAAAACAUGUCACCAAGGUCACAGGAAGCACGGGAAACUCACCUUUUAAUGCAUGGACUGCAGUUAUACAACAAACACGCGCUUGCAGCAAACGCUGGAGACCACAAACCUUUACUACUUUGAUACACUCUACAUCUAUAGUUUUAAGAGGCUUGCUUAUACACUAGAACUUUGAGGCUGUACACAAAAAGUGAGAGGCGCUUCAGGGACCCUGUUAUUCAUGUCGGAGUUACCACGUUUAGCAGCGAUAUUAGCCAUUACCAGUGACGCUUAAUUAGGCUAUCCUGAAGACUGGACAUAGCAAACUACAGGGAGGGGAAAAUAGAAGGAUUCUGUUGGAUCUGAAAUCCGUUUUGGAGGACGUUCACCUGGAGGUAAAGAAAGAAGAGACAAAGCGGAACGAUCUGCAGCUGCAGUACACAAAGGAUCGGUGCGCAUGGGACUUAG